AUGUCGCUUUCCAGUUCUAUUAUAGUUCUGAUUAUGCCUGAGUCUCCACCACCACCUCAUGACUUCUCUGACCACAAACAGCAUAUGGAAUGGCUGAUCGAACGUGAGAAACAUGCCCCGAAUACAGUCCCUAUGAUACCGCGUGACUUUUCCAAGGGAUCACACAGCAAGGCCAUUUCGUCCACAGUUCUACAGAGAGCAUUGGCUAACCCAUUUGUACCAAUCGGCAUGGCUGCUACUGUGGGAUGUCUAAUUGGCAUGCUAGCUAUGACAGUAAGGCGGAAACCUAUGCAAGCACAGUAUUUCAUGCGUGGUCGGUGUCUUGCACAAGGAUUCACUGUUGCUGCUUUGGUGUAUGGAGCAAUCUAUUUUGGCAAGAGCGUGUGUGGAAGCGCCACCACUCGUCACUUCUCUGCUCUUAUUUCUGAAAUUUCGAAGCCAUUGGCGUUCAAUGAACUUUCAACCGGGUUCCUUUACUUUUCAGAUCAAAUGUUCGUUUUCUUCCCAGAAGACACAAAAAUUGGAAUUAAGACAAUCAAAGCAAUUUGUCAGCAGAUGCAAGAGCAAACAAUCACAAGAGCAAUAAUAGUAGUUCAAACUGGAAUGACCCCUAGCGCAAAGCAGGCUAUAGCUGAUAUGGCUCCAAAGUAUAUUCUUGAGCAUUUUUUGGAAUCUGAGCUCAUGGUGAACAUCACGGAGCAUGAACUUGUCCCGGAACAUGUCGUUAUGACGAGUGACGAGAAGGCAGAGUUGCUGGCAAGAUACAAGCUGAAAGAUACUCAACUGCCUCGUAUCCAACUCUCGGACCCAGUUGCCAGAUAUUUUGGACUAAAACGUGGUCAAGUCGUGAAGAUCGUUCGACCGUCAGAGACUGCUGGCCGCUACAUCACUUACCGAUUGGUGGUAUAA